AGUCACAUCUUGCACAUAAACAACAAUUGAUUUUUCGCGUGCAAAAAUGUCUGUGGCUGCUAAAAAAAUUGCCGAGGCAGAACAAUUAGUCCAAACAGCCGAAAAAAGCUUAAAAACAUCACUGUUGAAAUGGGUACCUGACUAUGACAGUGCCGCCGACGAGUACGCAAAGGCAGCAACUGCUUACAAGAUUGCGAAAUCAUUCGACAAAAGCAAGGAGUGCUUGUUAAAGGCUAUUGAGUGCUACAAAAACAACAAAUCCUGGUUCCAUGCAGCAAAGUCAUACGAACAGAUUAUCUUACUGUGCAAAGAUGUUGGCACGCUAACGGAUGUCGAGGAAUAUGCCAACAGGGCGUGUAGCCUUUAUCAGCAGCAUGGCUCACCAGAAGCUGCCGCCUCUGCGCUGGAAAAAGCGGCCAAAUUAACGGAAGCCCAGCAUCCGGAUGUGGCUCUACGCCUAUAUCAGCAUGCAGUGGAGGUCAUUCUAAUUGAAGAUUCAACCCGGCAAGCAGCCUUAUACUCCUCGAAAGUAUCGAGACUAUUGGUCAAGCUGCAGCGGUUCGAAGAGGCGACAAAGUCGCUUAAAACUGAAAUUGGCUUGUAUCAGCAAACUGAAUCGUUUGGACAAAUCGGCCGUUUGGUUGUGGCGCUCGUACUGGUGCAGUUGGCUCGCGGUGACUCGGUCGAGGCAGAAAAGUCGUUCAAGGAAUGGGGCACUUGCUGUGAGCCCGAUGAAGUCUCCACGCUGACGACGCUUUUGCAAGCUUUCGACGAGGAAGAUGGCGAGCUGGCAGCUCGAAUGCUGGCAUCUCCAUUCAUCCGACACAUGGAUGUAGAGUAUGCAAUUUUGGCUAAAAACAUUCCAUUACCAAAAGGUCUAGAGGUAGCAAAGAAAUCCGUAGGUGCCGAUGAGCUGAAUAAUGCUAGAGAUCACGAGGACGAGGGCGAGGACUUGUGUUAGACGGCGUAUUUUGUUGUUAUCUAAGUGCUAAUUAAUCAACUAAUGCAAUUUACAUUUUAAUCGUUAACAAAAAUAUACUUAAUAAAAUAAUAUUCAAAGUCUUCUGCCUCA